CGUCCUCUCAGUGGUAGGACGGGGAAGAGAGGAAGAGCUGGCCGCCAAGUCCGCUCUACGUGAAAGCGGGUGCAGCCCAACCUCGGCCGGGGAGAGCUCGAGCUAAGGGCAAUCAGCACAUGACCUACUUGAGAGAGAUCUGUAGACAAAAUCUAACAAGGGAAAUUUGCUAGAAUCAAGAGUGAUGGAUCCAUGUUCAGUUGGAGUCCAACUCCGUACCACGAAUGAGUGCCAUAAAACCUACUAUACUCGUCACACGGGUUUCAAGACUUUGCAAGAACUGUCAUCAAAUGAUAUGCUUUUACUUCAACUUAGAACUGGAAUGACACUUUCUGGGAACAAUACCAUUUGCUUCCAUCAUGCGAAAAUUUACAUUGACAGAUUUGAGGAUUUGCAGAAGUCAUGUUGUGACCCAUUUAACAUACACAAAAAACUAGCCAAAAAAAAUUUGCAUGUAAUUGACUUAGAUGAUGCCACUUUUCUGAGUGCAAAAUUUGGAAGACAGCUUGUACCUGGGUGGAAGCUUUGUCCAAAAUGUACACAGAUAAUCAAUGGAAGCGUGGAUGUUGAUUCUGAAGAUCGGCAGAGAAGAAAACCUGAUUCAGAUGGAAGAACUGCUAAAGCUUUGAGGUCAUUGCAAUUUGCAAACCCAGGAAAACAAACUGAAUUUGCUCCAGAAACUGGUAAAAGAGAAAAAAGAAGGCUCACAAAAAAUGCAACCGCUGGUUCUGACAGACAAGUGAUACCAGCAAAGAGUAAGGUCUAUGAUAGCCAGGGCCUGCUGAUUUUCAGUGGAAUGGACCUCUGUGACUGCCUCGAUGAAGACUGUUUAGGAUGUUUCUAUGCUUGUCCUGCCUGUGGUUCCACCAAAUGCGGAGCUGAAUGCCGCUGUGACCGCAAGUGGCUAUAUGAGCAAAUCGAAAUCGAAGGAGGGGAAAUCAUUCAUAACAAACAUGCUGGAUAAUUUGUGGUAUCAAAUUAUGGGAAAAGAUCCCAUCUCUAUUUCUAAAACUCUGUCACUCUCAGAUGCAUUCUAAAGUUGACUGCCAAAUGAUGACAAUUUGAAAACCACCUCAGCAUGCACUCAUUAUGCAUUAGUUUUGCAGUUAGGGUGCUUUAAGAUUUAUUAUUUGAUGUCAGUUUAUAUGGGCUUUUACUCAGCAGUCAGCUUUAAGCCUGCCCAGGCCAAUGUCAACAAGUAGGUAAAGGCAGUCCUCCAUUAGCACAGUUCACAUUUCAGUUCCAUGGUAUAUACCAUGGGUAGUCACGUGAAGUACAAACUUCCCUGCUGGCUCUUUGUCCCUAAGUCAUUAUGUAACAGAUGUGCCUCCUCAUCAGUGACCAGUCCAUCCGUGACCUUUACUCAGACCCCUCUAGUGGCUGGUUACCGCAUAUCUGUCAUUCAGUCCACUCCUAGACAGCAAAGCAUGUGGUUGUGCUGUCUCCUUGUCACCCAUGUGACAUUUUCCAAAAGUGAAUCAUCAAAAUAACUGGCCACCAAAGAUAAAAGAGCAGUGAAGAAAUGAAAAAUGAUCAUGCUAGAUGUGAGAUAUGCACUGAACGUAGAUGGAGUUGUAGAAGAAAUCACUUAUGGGAAGGUUGAUGCUGCUGUUUCUUUAGAGCCUCAGUAUGCAGCUAGAGGAAGCUCGCGGGGGGUUGCUGGGGGGAGCAAUGUAAAUAGGGAAAUAGGCUGUGAUGAAAAGCUUGAAUAUAUCCCAGAGGAAGUGAUAGUAAAAAACUUCACAUUAAAGGAAAUUACAGUGAUUUUACAACAUUGAAAGCACAAAUGAGAAAAUGGUAGAAGCAGAUCCAAACUUAAGUAUCUGCAAUGGUAUAGCCUACUUUGUAUCUUAAGUUAGCAAAAAAGCAGGCACUGUUCAAACCGCUCUUGAUUAGUUUUUUGCAACGGAAUAAUGCUUUAAUUCUCAGUGUUUCCAAUGUUUUUCAAUAACAGUGUACUAAAAUACCUUUUUUUUUUUUACAGUGUUUUCAUUUUCCUUUACGUUUCUAACAAGAGUUUUUAAUAUUUUGAUGGGUUUUUGGAGGUCACAGAACAUUUUCCCCAUUGAUUAUUAAGGUUGCUACGAAUGGUCAUUUUUAUGGUCCAGCACUACUGUGCAAGCCAAGGACUGUAGCCGAGAACAGUGCCUACUUCAGGAAAAAUUAAUUUCAAUAAAACUAGGUGGUUGAGUGUUAAAACUAUUUUGGAAAUAAUCUACAUAUCUAAGUGCUAAAAUUCUUGUCACUACUUACCCUUAAAAAAAAGUUUUAGCAUUGUAAACCUUUCAUUGUUUAGUCAUACAUUCUUGGUGAAAAUUUGUUCCUGGUGGCAAAGAUCUUAUUAUGUAUAAAGCAUGGAUAUUCAUACAAUACAGAAACAGGGAUACAUGGUGUCUAUGUUAUUAAAGUUUUAUAAGGUGGUGAUUAGGAUCAAAAGGGCUAAAAAAAAAAAAGGCUUUAAGGCAGUAGUAAUGAAAAGGAAAAAAAGUGGACAAACAGUGGUAGAGACAAUAUAAAUUAAAUUGGAAAUUGCUUGAAUCUUGAUGUACUGGUUCUGUAUGGAGUUCGUAUGGGUGCUCUUUGGAGAAUGAGAGUGGGUGAUAACUUCUCUGCUCCUUUUUCAAGCAGCUCCCUGUCUGUCUAAAAUAUUUUAUCAGCUAGGGCAUUGCCACUAAACUAGGUUUUUGCUUUGUUUUCCCUAAGUUGUAGUACUUUAGUUUAACCAGAUAAGCUUUUAGUAGUUUCAGAUACAUUUUAAGUCAUUUAAGUGAAAUUUAUGCAGCCAAUUUGAUUGGAUUGACCAGUGGAGGUUUAUUUUUAUUUCUAUAUACUUUGGUAUCUGUUUAACAGGUUUUACUUUGAUGGAAUGCCAUUUUGAACCAUGGUAUUGUCAUUAAGUUAUAAUUGUCCACUGACCUACUUAUCAGAAGUAUAAUCGGUAUCAAGUCUUUAAUUCAGAUUUCAACAGAGCACUGGCAAAAAGAAUAUUUUGGCUUUAUAUACUUAAAUUAGAUGCUAGUUUUUUGGGUGUUUUUCUGAAUUAAGGAAAUAUUUUGUUAUAGAGGAUACAGAGACUUCUAAUUUUAUCUGAACUUCUGGGUUCAUUAGACCUUAGUUGCAUUGCUACCAAUGUUUUGGUUUUUUGUUUGUUGGUUUUUUUUGUUGUGUUUUGGUUUGGGUUUUUUUUGGUUCUAAGUAAGUAUGAUUUACUAUAUUGCUUAAGCUUUUCAGGGGCGCCUGGGUGGCUCAGUCGGUUAAGCAUCAGACUUCAGCUCAGGUCAUUUGUGGGUUCCAGCCCCACCUGGAGCCUGCUUCAGAUUCUGUCUCCUUUUCCCUCUGCUCCUCCCCUACUUGUGCUCUGUCUGUCUCUCAAAAAAUAAACAAACAUUAAUAAAUAAAUAAAUCUUAGAUUUUUUUUUUGUUUAAAACAGGAAUAUAUUUUCAACAGAAGAAAUGACUUUAAAAUUCAAACUGUUUAUAUUUCAACAGUCCUUAGACUAUUUCUGUGUUAUUUUUCAAAGAUGGUAAUAUUUAACUUGUGUCAGGGAUAAGUUUCUAUUAUAAUUUUGCUUAUAUUUGUUCAUUAUGCCUAUGUAGAAGACCAGACUUUUAGUGAGCAUGCAAAAUAUUUACAGAGAGAGGUAUAUCUAAUUUAGUCUACUACAAUAAAAGCUGUGUUUUGGGAAAAUUACGUCAUGAGUUCACUUACUAUUUUUUACUGUAGAAUUACAAAAAUACAGAAUACAAUGAAAUAAUCUGAAUUCUUUUUAUAUUUUCCAUAAGUAUGGUUCACGGUGGCUAAAAUUAUUUUAGAAUACUAUUAGUCUAAAAGGCAAAAAUAAAAGUGAUAAGAACACUUCUGCUGUAUAUUGGUCCUGCUUAAGAAGUUGAUGUAAGGCCAUAAACAUUGGUCUUACACAGUGUUGGUCACAAAUGUUAAAAAGUGCAUUUAUAUAUUUGAAAUAAAUGGCAUCCCAUGUAAUCUUUUUUCUAUUUAUUUUAUAAGCAUAAGAAAAUAGUUACCUUUGAAAUAUUAUUCAUGAGAUUCUUCUAUUUUUUUAAUAUUAUAGCUAUGUCUGUAUAACAAGCUGUUCUACCAUCUGACAGAAUUCUCCAGAGAAAUGCAUUUGUGUCCUCUCAAGUACUCCCACGUUCAGAACCCCUGAAUCUGUAUCAGAGAACCUAGGUAAUAUGAGUGUUCAGUAAACCAAAACAUGUUUUCUUUUUUUUUUUUUUUUUUUAAAUGGGGAUGGCUGUCUGAAGCAUGGUUUAGUUUGCCGUACAGUGUUAUAGGUGGGUUUUGUUGGACAAAAUCUGAGCAGUCAGUUCUUUGAAAGAGCUGUUGCUGCCCUGAAAAGGCAGAUUCCGCUGCGGCCUCUCAGCCCCACCCCUCCUGGGUCACGUAACACUGUAUGAAACCAAGGGGUCUUAAAUGGACUGCACUUUGGUAAUUAGAGAUUUUCUGUCGACAUUAGGAAUACCCUUGUACAAAGUCAUAUGGCACUGCCUUAGUUUUUGCUGACAUCUGCUGGUAUCUUGAUGUAAAUAAACUCUGCUGCUACUAAAUGCUUAAUCUCUUCACUUUUAAAUUAAACUGUGAACACUGGUAGUUACACUAAAGUGGAAUAUUUUAAAGAACCCUGGGAGUAGAAUGGUUUCUCUUUGUAGCAUUCUUAGGUCUCACCCAAUAGUAGUCAACCAGAUUUCUUUUUUCAGGAAUAUGAGUCAGGAUAUGAAAAUAUGCAUAGGCACUUCUGGGUUUCAUUUAUUUAUCUAUUUAAGGUUUAUUUAAGUAAUCUCUACACCCAGUAUGGGGCUCAAACUCACUACCCUGAGAUCAAGAGUUACAAUGCUCUUCCGACUGAGCCAGCCAGGCACCCCUCACUUAUUUUUAUAAAGUGGAGAGACUUGGGAAAAUAAUGGUUUUUAUUUACUGAAAACCAUCAAAUGCUUCACUGAACACUUAGUUUGAAAAGCAUGAUAAACUCCUGUAGAAUAUAUACCCCAAUUUAUAGAUUAUUUGCAAUGGCACAGUUGUGAGGAUUGACUAAUUUUACCAAGAUAAUCUAGCUUCUAGGAGAUAAAGGAGAUUUACCUGGUAAAACAUUAUUAACUGAGUUGGAUUAGUAAUACUGCAUCUUUAAGUGCAAUUUAAAAGUAUUUAAUUACAGUCCUAUCAGUGGCACAACUAGCCAUAUUAAAUUUUUUCCCCUUGAAACCAUGAGGGAUAAAUGUCUUUGUGAAACAAUGAUUUAAAAACUUCAAUUUUCUCAUUUCGUAUUAAUCUACAAGCAAACAAAUGUUUUAUUAAGGAGUUGCCAUAAUCCUCAUCUGUGUUUUGUUUUGUUUUUUUUUAAUGUUUAUUUUUGAGAGAGAGAGAUGGAGAUAGAGCGUGAACAGCAGAGGGGCAGAGAGAGAGGGAGACACAGAAUCCAAAGCAGGCUCCAGGCUCUGAGCUGUCAGCACAGAGCCAGAUGCAGGGCUCGAACUCACAAACCAUGAGAUCAUGACCUGAGCUGAAGUCGGUCACUUAACCGACUGAGCCACCCCGGCUCCUCCAUCUGUGAUUUUGAAAUAAAUGGACAUACUAAAAGUAUAAUGCUUACAAACAUUGCUAGGAUGUCCAAAACCUUCCAAUAGUCCCAACUUCAACAGAUAAUGCAUGAAAACACAAAAGUUUGGCUCAUGAUUUUCAUUGUAAACUUGGAUGAUACUUUUCAAAGACACAUUUUAAGGUGAGGGCACAUUUUUCUUAAAUAGUGUAAAAACUAGACACAGGUCAAAUUGCAGGAUCUUUGUCCUUUUGAGAGAACUUCAUGAAGAGUAUGGCCUGUAAAAGGAGACCUGAAACAAUCAAAACAGAAAUACUAUCUGUUAAGUAUCCCUUUGUUACCAAUAAUCAGUUACCAAUCAGUUUGAUCAACCCAAAUUAAACUUUAGUUUUAAUUAUAUUCUGGUAGCCCAAGUUUAUGAUCUGGACUUCAAAGUAGUAUUUACUUCCAGUUACUUUUAAAAUUGAAUUUGUGGGGCACCUGGUGGCUCAGUCGGUUAAGCAUCGGACUUUGGCUCAGGUCAUGAUCUCAUGGUUCAUUGAGUUUGAUCCCUGCGUCGGGCUCUGUGCUAACAGCUCAGAGCCUGGAGCCUGCUUCAGAUUCUGUGUCUCCCUCCCUCUCUGCUCCUCCCCUGCUCGUGUUCUGUCGUGCUCUCUUAAAAAAUAAACAUUACAAUUUUUUAAUUCAAUUUGUUAUUUGGUGGCAUAAGCUAAAGUAAUAGUGGCAAUCCUGGUACCAUGUAAAUGGGUUCUACAAAGAUCUGGGUGAAGUACAAAUUUAAUUUUGGCAUUAAGAGGUAAAAUGAUUCAGAGACGUUCAGUGAACUGUGGCAUCAUUAAGGUUUGUAAAUAACAAACUCAUUGUCUACCCCAAAGGGGAAGCCUUCCGUUUUGGAUUGGACUUUCCUGUAUUUCAGUUCAGCUUAGUAUAGUGAAAUCAGAUCAGUUAUUAGAAGAGAACCUGGAGGGCCAAUCUGAUGAUCUAGAGAAAACUAUCACUUGAGCUUUUUUUUUUUUUUUUUUCCUUUUUGGUAAAUAAGGUUUUAGAAAAUACCAAUAAACUUUAGUCAUUUAUGCCUUAGUGAAGGAGACUGCAAAGAGCAUUUCUGCAUAAAAUAUAGGCCCUACAAACUGGUGCGUGCAAAUAAGAUUAUUUUCCAAAAUACUAUGGCUCAUGGCAUUUCUAAAUUUGGUCACAAAAAGACUUCCCUAUAGCAAAUAUUGAAAGGAAAACAUUCCCAAAGUUUGUCAGUAAAAGUUUCCAACUCAUCUCCAAAAAGUUAUAGUUGAAUGCUUAAUUUGUCCUUGAUACCUUUUUUUUUUCAAAGAACUACACAUAGAUUUAAGAGAGAACAGCUAAACAUCCCUGACAGACCAAGCUUUCCACUGUGUGACAUAACCCACAAACUCAUGUUAGGAGGAUCCUCAGACCUUUUAAGGGAAAUGGCCCUAGGAGAUUCUUACUCUGCAUUUUGCUUUCCCCUGUUCCCAACUGGUUGGGCUUCGUAAGAGACCUGACCCAAGGAAAGCCAAUUAGGCUAGCAAAGCUUACGCGUUGGGCAAAUAUUAAAGGAAACAUCACCAAGUGAUGAAAGAGAUUAACUGAGCCUAUCAGAUUAUUUCAGAAAUAAAAUUUGUUUUAAUGUUUAUUUACUUUUGAGAGAAAGAGUGUGAGCAGGGGAGGAGCAAAGGGAGAGGGAGAAACAAUCUGAAAUAGGCUCCAGGCUCUAAACUGUCAGCACAGAUCCUGACGCGGGGCUCAAACCCACAAACCACAAGAUCACGACCUGAGCCAAAACGGACGCUUAACUGAGCCACCCCAGCGCUCCUAUUUCAGAAAUUUAGACAAGAUACAGGAGAAAGAAUUCAGAGGUUUGUAGAAAGAGCGAUGAAAUGGCAGAAUAGCUAAGGCACGUUAGGGUUCUAGACCUACACACUUGGGAGGCAAGAGCUCUUGAAGCUGUCAUUGAGUCUCCAGAGCUGCUGUCAGAUUAGUACAUCUGUUGUAUCUUGAAAUUACCCACUAUCAGUGAAACCUGGCCACACAGUUGAUUCCUUUAUAUUCAUACAGAUCCUUGCAACAAAUACUCUAUUACUUAAGCAAACCUUAAUGAGCCUUAAUGAGUUCUUUCACCCAAAGAGGCUUACUAACAGACCUGCCCUGCUAACUAAGAAAAAAGAGAGUGAAGGUAUAGUGUUAGUGUCCUGUGCUUGUUAGCAUUGUGUUGUGGAACUCUAGACCAGUGCAAAUUUGAGCAUGCAUCAGGAUCACCUGGAGGGCUUGUUAAACCACAGUCUGCAGGCGCAGGGUGGAACCAACAGUUUAUGAUUUAGUAGGUCUGGAGUAGGGACAACAAAUUCGCAUUUUUAUCAAAUUUGCAGAUGAGGUUGAAAUGGCUAGUCUGGAAGCCAUGCUUGGAGAAUCACUGCUCUACAGGGCAUGGUCCUGAACCUUGGUUGCACAUGGAAACAACCUGUGGAACAUCAGAAAAAAAUACCUUACCUGGCCUCAGCCCCAAAUAUUUGAUUUAAUUGGUCUGGGGUUUGGCCUGAGCCAUUGGGAGGCCAACUGCCUUCUGGCUCAAUAUGGAGAUCAUUCAGAAUUCAAGUGGGUGACUGGGAUGUUUGAUUUUCUGUGUCAACUUGGUCAGGCAAGGGUAUCCAGUUUUUGGUGAAACAUUACUCUAGAUACUGAGAAGGUGUUUUUUAGAUGUGAUUAACAUAUACAUCAGUAGACUUUUAAUUAAGCAGAUGACCUUCCAUAAUGUGAGUGGGCAUCAUCCAAUCAAUUGAAGGCCUUAAAAAGAUUGAUGAACCCCAAAGAAGAACAAAUUCUGCCUCUGGACUGCCUUCAGACUUGAGCUGCAUCAUCAUGUCUUCUCUAGGUGCCCAGAUCACCUAUAGAUUUUGGGUUUACCAGCCCAGCAAUCAUGUGAGCCAAUUCCUUAAAAAAUCUGUGUGUGUGUGUGUGUGUGUCUGUCUGUCUCUAUACACACACCCUCUUUUAUUUCUCUGGAGAACCCUGGCUAAUACAAUAACCUAGUAAGUCUCUAUUCCAAAUUGUUUCCCAGAAAGGCCCUGACUCUAAAUCAGAAUAUAAUCCCUUCAUUAGAUUUUUUCCUUUUCCUGUAUCCUACCUUAGGUAAGUCCAUGAAUAUAUGGCACAUUUUUUACCCCUUUCUUCUGUUCCUAUUGUCAAAACCAUUUGGUUCCUCCUUGGAACAUUCUUGAAUCUGCUUUGAUUUUUUUUUUUUUUUUUCCUGUUCAUUUUUAUUUUGUCUUCACCACCCUGGUUAAAGCUCAAUAGUGUUUUGCAUGCUUAGUAUCAAUUCCCCCUUUUGGUGUUAGUACUGAAAUUUGUCUUUGAAUAACCGCCUUUAUACUCUCAGCCCAUGUUGUUUAGGUGGCAUUGACCUCACUUGGUGGUUCCAGGGGUGGGCACAUCACCAAGUCCUGGCCUUUGAGAGUGCAGCAUCUCCCCAAAUUUAGUGACUGUUUCAGUUAGUGACUAACUGAGCCAAUCAAAGCCAAUAAACAUCAGCUUUGCUGGGACUAGAGAACAAGAGAUACUCAUUUUUCAAUGACAGUUUCUAAUCUUACAGAUUUAGGACUGGACCUAUUGGUGGUUAAUCUGGACACCACUCAAGAAGAAUCUGACUUAGAAUGAAAGCAGCAUAGGUAAAAGCAGAAGCCACAGACCAA